AUGGUGUCUCCUGCCAUCGCUCUGGCCUUCAUCCCCCUCCUGCUGACACUGCUCAUCAGGUACCGUUACUACUUUGUGCUGUUCUACCGGGCCGUCCUGUACAGGAUAUGGAAGGACUGUAGGACUGGUCUGAGUCGAGAGGAACGGGUCUACCAGUACGUUCUUACUCAUGCCACCCCCGGAGACCCUGAAAGCAUCCUGGACGCCUUCGACGCCUGGUGCAGCAAGGUGGAGUUCAUCAGCAACAUUGGGCCUAAGAAAGGGAAGGUCCUGGACCGGCUGCUGUUGAACCAGAGUCCUUUGACUGUGCUGGAGCUGGGGGCCCACUGCGGGUACAGCACCGUGCGGAUCGCCCGAGCUCUGCCCCUGGGUGCCAGGCUCUACAGCAUCGAGAUGGACCAGAGGAAUGCCGCCAUCGCAGAGAAAAUCGUCCGCCUGGCAGGAUUUGAUGAUGACACAGUGGAGCUCAUUGUGAAUCCAUCAGAUGAAGUCAUCCCUCGGCUGCGGGCUGACUACGGUUUAGAACGUCUGGAUUUCGUCUUCAUGGACCAUUGGAAGAAAUCCUACUGUCCUGAUCUGCAGAUGCUGGAGGGCUCUGGUCUGCUGGGGAAAGGGUCUAUGAUCGUGGCGGACAACGUGCUGUUUCCUGGGGCUCCAAAGUUCCUCAGACACAUUCGUAAGAGCGGCCUUUAUGAGUGGAAGAUCCACCGGGCCAUGCUGGAGUACAGCAAGGGCAUCAGGGAUGGCAUGGCUGAGCUGGUCUACCAGGGAAUCAAGUAA